AUGUCCACGUACAAGUUGACGUAUUUUCCGCUGCGCGCACGUGCUGAGGUAGCGCGUCAGUUGUUUGCCCUGGCCGGUCAAAAGUUUGAGGAUGUUCGGGUGCCGUUUGAGGAUUGGCCUAAGGUGAAGCCGGAAACCCCAUAUGGUCAACUCCCGGUUCUGGAAGUCGAUGGGAAAACGCUUGCCCAAUCUGUGACCAUCGCCCGCUUUCUGGCCCGUCGUUUUGGAUACUACGGCGCCGACGAGUUCGAGGCCGCGCAAAUCGACGAGUUUGCCGACGCGAUGAACGACUACUUCAUGGAACAGAAGAACUUCUUCCCCGUUUUGAUUGGAAAACAGGUCGGGGACAAGGAUCGGCUAAGCCAAGAGCUUUUCGAGCCGGCCAGGGACAAGUUCUUCCCCAUCGUCAUCGAGCGCUUCCUUCAGAAGAGCAAAAGCGGAUUUCUGGUCGGUGAGAAGCUGUCGUAUAUCGACCUCGUUCUUGCCGAGCACGUCGACCGAUACGGGCAUUUCUUGCCACACGCCUGGGACCAUUAUCCGCAGCUCAAACAACACCGCGACAAGAUCCAAGCCAUCCCAGCCAUCAAGAAAUGGCUCGAGACGCGGCCCGAUGAUGCUUUC